AUGCCAGCCCCUCAACCAGGACCUGAGUCAGAAAUUGAGACUGAUCCACCUUCAGUAUCUGAAUCAAAUAAUCAGGAGGAAUUAUGGACAAAAUUUUUAAAAUACUUGGGUAUAACAGACGAAUUGCAAAGCGAGGAUACUCCCACAUCUGACGAAAUUUGGUCAGAAUUAGGUGGUACUCUAUUGGCAGACAAGCCACCCAAAGGAGAUCCAGAAAGACUCCACAGAUUCCUCCAAUCAAUGAGCAAAUGGCAGGCAAUAGUUUCGUCAAUAGAAAACCCAGCAUACGAAUUCAAUAUUCCCAUAGAAGACGGUCAAAAAUAUGCAGAAGUGCCAUAUACAGUAUCUCACAACUCAUGGCAUCAACCAGGGAACAAAUUUCAAGGGUUCUUAAGGCGGAACUUAGAAAAAAAGGGCGAGGUGGAUAGAGACACGGGGGAAAUAGAUAAAAAAAUUGAGGAAUUUUUAAGAAGUGGAUCAGGAUGGACACUUAUCCGAAUAGAAAUGAUGUUUAUUGAGGCUUAUACAUUACGACGAGCAGAAAGUGGAUCAUAUAGACCGACACCGAAAAACCUCGCAAAUAAAAAAUGUACCAUAAAUCCCGAUAAUUCUAAAACAAAAGAUGAUUUAUGUUUAAAAUAUGCUGUUGGCGCAUAUUUUGCUAAUUAUGAGGGAAUAACAAAAAAUUUACAACGUCUUUCAAUAAUCCAACCAUAUUUGAAUAGAGUUAAUUUGGAUGGAAUUCCAAUGCCAACUCCGAUUUGUAAUCGUACAUUCCAAAAAAUCGAAGCGCAAAACCCUGCUAUUUCUAUCAAUGUAUGGGAAUGGAAAAACGAGACUGCAACUCCCAAGCCGGUAAUUGCAAGUAAGAAUUUCUAUAUUCCAAAUUCCUGUACAAUUGACGGUUGUAUCCAUUCUAACCCAAAUAAAUGUCACAAAAAAAGACCUCAUGUUAUCUACCUAAUGGCGCUUAGUGAUACAAUGAAGACGGAUGGGGAAGCCCCACAAAAAGUUUCGAUGCCUGAAAAGGGUAAAAAUGACAUCGAAAAAUUCAAAAAUUACGCGAGAAUGAUUUACGCUCCAUGUGUAAUAACUGCAGAUUUCGAGUCGGAUAAUAAAAAAUGCGAUAAAUCUUAUGGUGAUACUGGUGAAACAUGGGGCCCAUUUAUAUAUCGGGGACCGAAUGCUACACAGGAAUUUGUCAAAAGAAUCGACAGUGAAUUGGUUCGAAUUAAUGAGGUAUUAGCUAUUAAGGUUGGACGUAUAGUAACCGAUGAAUAUCAGAGAAAAUUUGAUAAGGCUGAUAAAUGUUGGAUUUGUCAUAAAGAAUUAAAUGGGGAUAAAGUCUGGGAUCACUGCCACAUUACCAGUAAGUUUCGAGGGGCAUUACACAAUGACUGUAAUUUAAAACUCCAAAUUACGCCAUGGAAAACACCGGUUCCAAUAGUAUUUCAUAAUUUCCGAGGUUAUGAUUCUCAUCUAAUCUGCGAAUCAGUAGGACGUUCAGUUAACGCCAAACAAAUCAAUGUUAUCGCGGAAACUUUCGAACGCUAUAAGUCCAUGAGAGUAGGUCAAUUGCGAUAUAUCGAUAGCAUGCAGUUUAUGAACACAUCCUUAGCCAAACUCGCAGAAAAUUUAGGUGCAGUAAAAUGUAAGGAAUCAAACUGCAAACAUUUCCACCGGAUAGAUGAUAAUCGAUGUUUCGGUACUCUCGAAAAUCAUAAAAUUACAUGUCAAAUUUACAAAAAUUUAUCUCCGAAACAGAUUGCAUUGGUAUGUCGCAAAGGUGUAUAUCCGUAUGAAUAUAUUGAUUCGCAUGAUAGAUUUAGUGAAACCGAACUUCCGCCAUUCCAUGAAUUUCAUGGCAAGCUUAAUGGUAAAAUCAGCCAGAAAGAUUAUGAUUAUGCGCAAAAAGUUUGGAAUGAAUUCGGGUGCAAAAAUUUAG